AUGUCUAAUGAUAAACCUCGUCCACCGCCGGCGCCUCCGCUGCCGCCUGCUGUCCCGAAGAAGCAGUCGCAAGCAUCUUCCUUUAAGCCGAGAGUGAGAAGAGACCCGGAAGACUGGUUCUACCAGCCUCCUAGGCAUGCAGCCCAAGCCGAUCUCUUCGAGCCGCCUACAGGGCCUUAUUUCGUGUACGGAACACUGAUGGAUCCAAAGAUGCUCGCCGAUAUCCUCGGGCUGAAAGAAAAGCCCACGAUGCGGCCCGCCAAGAUCAGAGGCUACGCACGGAAACUCUGGGGACAGUAUCCUGCUAUGCAAGAUGGCCCGCGGGAUGCACAAGUCAGUGGUUCUGUGUAUCAUGUGCAGUCUGUUGCUCAUGCGAAGAGAUUGGCGCAGUACGAGACCAACAACUACAGAGCCAAGCCAUGCCUUAUUCAGUAUACAGACGGGAAAGAACCUGGUGAGGAUUCUGGCCAUGUGUUCAUGUUCGUUGGUAAUCCGCGGGAUUUAAAGGAGGGGGAGUUUGAUCUGGGAAAAUGGUUGAAACGAAUGGGACGAUCAUCUGCAUAA